AUGUCUGGAUGGCAAAUUAUGGCCACAGAUACACAACCAUCCAAAUUGUAUUUUGAAGCGACAUUAAAUGUGAAAAAAAUUCUAAUGUCGAAAUCAAAUUCUCACUGGAAGAAAAAGAAGUUCAAUAUCCAGAAAGGUGCAGAUACGAUGGUUCUUUUCAGCUCCAAAGCUGUUUAUUUCGAUACUAUGGAAAGUGCAAGCUUGAUGAUAACUGUUAAAAAUCUCUAUAAGAAACAGAAAUCCAAAAUCAUAAUAAUUCUUGAAAUUAACAGUGAUCCGGAUUCAGAGGAAAGUAACAUCAGAAAAUUGCGAUCUAGCGGGGUUUUAGAUAAAUUAUUUCAAAGAGACAAAAGAAAGCCAAAGUCUUUGAAGUUCCAAAAAUUCAAAUCGGGAAGUAUUUAUUUGGGUAUGAUCCUAGCUUCUAUUGCAAGCAUCCUCUGUGGAUUGAGUUUCGUGUUGAAGAAAAGAAGCCUUCUUCAAAUGGAUAAAAGGGAGAAGUACUACCAAAACAAAGGCUGGUGGAUGGCACACUCUCUUAUGAUGGUUGGCGAAACUUUGCAUUUUGUCGCCUUCUUUUUCGCGCCAGCAGUUUUAGUAUGCCUAUUGCAAAUGCUGAUGAUUUUAGUCACAGCGUUUGCUUCGUCCAGUAUCUUAGGAGAAAAAAUGAACACGUAUUGGAAAUUGGCUUUUGCAACAUCUCUAGGUGGAUGCUUGGUAAUUAUUGUCCAUGUUCCCAGAGAGCCUCAUAUAUACAACAUCGAAACCUUCUUGUACAUGGUGACUGCGCCAAUGUUCGCCAUAUACAAUCUCAUCCUCUUUUUCAUUACAAUCAUUAUGAUGCGCUUCUUGAUACCGAAAUGGGGGCAAAUAAACUCAUUGGCGUUCACAGUCCAAAGUGCCAUUUUCGGAUCUAUUAUAGUAGUAGCAUUAAAAGGCGUUCUUCUCGUUUUCACUGAUAAAUUAUUUCAUUGGCUGCCUCUGACUUGUGUCGUGAUAGUUGGCAUUUGCCUUCUGCUGCAGUUUGAAUAUCUGAAUAGAGCCCUUCAUUCCUACAAUACAUUGGUUGUGACAACACAAUAUUAUGUUUCGUAUUCUGCACUUGUAAUAAUAUCGUUGUCUUUGCUCUUUGAAGUUUGGAAUGUGAGUAGUGAAGAAUCGAUUAUGAUAGUUCUUUUAGGAUUUUUUACAACAGCGAUGGGAGUAGUGAUAUUUGCAGUAUUUCAAGAAGAUGAUGCCACAUUUGAUUUUUCAAAACUUUUUGUUGGACCUGAUGAAACAGGAUAA